CGAUGUUAAACAGAAAAUCAUCGUUUUAUUACAUAAUAAUACUAUAAAAUAAUAGUUGAUUAUUUGGAAAACAUAAUAUUAAUUCCAUUACAGAACGAUAUAGAACGAUUAAGUUGUUUGAAAUUGAUUUUUGAGGGAGUAACACUCGGAACAUGGCGUUGAGAUCGAUCUGCCGGCUGUCAAUUGAUUCGACCUUCAGCCAUUUGAACCAUUUGGGAGCCACCGCCCGGCCAAGACGACCGUCUUUUACAUUGGUGUCACGAACAUUUGCUGCUGUUGCCGAAAAAAUGGGUUUACCACGUGUUUUCUUUGAUAUGACUGCAGACACCAAGCCUGUGGGACGUAUCGUGAUGGAGUUGAGGAACGAUGUUGUCCCAAAAACUGCAGAAAAUUUCCGAGCUCUGUGUACUGGUGAAAAGGGCUAUGGUUACAAAGGAAGCAGCUUCCAUAGAGUGAUCCCAAACUUUAUGUGCCAAGGAGGUGAUUUCACUAACCAUAAUGGCACUGGUGGAGAAUCCAUCUAUGGUUCAAAGUUUGACGAUGAAAACUUUGUCCUGAAACAUACUGAGCCUGGUAUCCUUUCUAUGGCAAAUGCUGGUCCAAAUACCAAUGGUAGUCAAUUCUUCAUCACCAGUGCCAAAACUAGUUGGCUGGAUGGCAAACAUGUUGUGUUUGGAAAAGUUGUUGAAGGAAUGGAUGUUGUUAGAAAAUUAGAGGGAAUGGGAUCUCAAAGUGGAAAAACUUCCAAAAAAAUUGUGGUAGCCGACUGUGGAGAAUUGUAGAUUGUUUAACUAGAUACUCUAAUGCUGAAUUUUUAUUUAGCUGUCGCAUACAACUGUUGCUGUCUUUAUUGUAUGACUCAUUCAUCCUGAUCAUCAUCAUUGUUCUUUAACGCUGGAUUUAGUUUUACAUUAAGAGAAAUGUACAACUUUUACAAACUGGUACAACAAAUUAUUUGUAUUGUAUUGUUUUUUUAUUACAAAUAAUUAAGGUUGGAAUACACUACAGAUUAGAUUUCACUAGCACUGUUCUCUCCGUUUUUCUCUCUGUCUCUUUUUUUUCUUUUAGUACAAAGUUGUUCAAUUUUACUUAAUCAUUACUUACCCUCUAUAUGGAAUGCAUUUAUCAUAUAUUGACAUUGAAUACAAAACAGGUGAAAAUAAUUUUAGAUCCACAUUCUUCCAUGCAAUAUUUCUCCUUUAAAUGGUAUGGCACAGUUAAACAUAUGUAUGGAAAGUUUCAUAAAAUAGUUUCUUCUGUGUGUACUGUUUGCAUUUUAGUAUCUAAGGAAAGCAAUUUCGUGAGUAUUUGCAUUUCUAAAGUUCAUAGUGAGUGUUACAUAAUUGGUAUAUAAUGCAUUUAUCUGUGAAGUUAUAAUGUUUUAACUUUUUCUAUUGUGCUUUUAUAUUUAAAUCCAGUUAAAUAAUGCUCCUAUUAACAAGAGCAUUACUCAUUUUUAUAUGUAUACACCAUUCCUUUUCUAAGCACAGAGUAAUUGAUAAUACAAGUUUCCUUAUUUGUAAACUGUAAUACCAGAUAAUGCCGUUAGAUAAAUCCAUCUUACUAUGAUGUAACACCAACGUUAAAGAAUGUAGUUCCAACGAUCACAAUAAUUCGGAUUUCUAUGAAAUAAAAUUGUUUUCAGAAA